AUGGAAACCGGAGCUGAAGCUGAUAUUGAUCGGCCGGUGGACGACGAUUCUUCGGCGGAAACUGGCUCGGACCUAGACCGCGGCGGAAAAUCCGAGCCGUCGUCGUUGAACCAAGGAGAGAUUUUGAGAAACCUUGCUACGGUCGAGAAGGAUUCGCAGGCAAUCGCAGAGAGCUUCGCGUCUCUCUUUGUUUCCCUCCGGUCAACUCUCUCUGAGGCUACUGGUAGCUCAGUUGAUCACAUGAGUUGUUUUGGUGAUGCAGCUGGACGGCUUCAGGAAACCGCUCUAGAUGCAGCCACUAAAGGAAACCGGUAUAUCAACUCUUGCCUCAGAUUAAACGAGGAAAUUAAAGGCGUUGAGAAUCUGGCUGCUCGGUUAAAGCACCUGAGGAGAAAUGUGGAUGUUCUUGACACGGCUGUGAACAAACUUCUCCGGCCUCCAUGA